UGCUUCACUAGUUGAAUGGCUGCUCUGUCUGCUGUAGCCCAUCUUGUUGGGACUGGUGAAGAGAUUGUUGCUGGAGAUGACAUUUAUGGUGGCUCUGAUAGGAUGCUGUCAAAAGUAAUUCCAAAGACAGGGGUCGUGGUGAAACGAGUUGAUACAACUAGUUUAGAUGAAAUAGCAUCUGCAAUUGGUCCCUGGACAAAGCUUGUCUGGCUGGAGAGUCCCACAAAUCCUCGACAAAUGGUUUCUAAUAUUCGUGAAAUAGUUAAAAUGGCUCAUGCUCAUGAUGCUCUUGUCUUGGUGGAUAACAGUAUAAUGUCUCCUGUAGUGUCACAACCUCUGGAACUAGGAGCUGACAUUGUUAUGCACUCAGCUACCAAGUUCAUUGCUGGGCACAGUGAUGUGAUGGCAGGUGUACUGGCUGUAAGAGGGGAAAGAUUAGCAAAAGAGCUGUACUUUCUACAAAAUGCAGAAGGGUCUGGGUUGGCUCCAUUUGAUUGUUGGCUCUGCUUACGAGGAAUUAAGACAAUGGCUUUACGAAUUGAGAAGCAGCAGAGUAAUGCACAAACGAUUGCUGAGUUUCUGGCGUCCCAUCUACGGGUGACGAAAGUUAAAUAUGCAGGCCUUGUUGAUCAUCCUGGACAUGAUUUGCAUUUUUUUUAG